CAAAGAGUAUCACUAUCAACUAGCUCAGUUGUUGUCACGGUUUACUAGCUCAUCUCACGCUGUCACUUACGCUGUGCAAUCUAUUGUUUUUGUGAUCUCUCCAACUUGUGUUUGUAUACACAAAACCUCUCUAUUUCAAUCAACUUUUUUCUACUUUUUCCCACCAAACUUCAGAAUCUCUGGAAACUAAGGUACUUUCGUUCUUCCUUUAUCAACAUUAUAUUUUGCUGUAAUUUUGCACAAACCCCUUAAACUUAUCUUUUGUGUAGCUUUGAUUCUUUUUAUUUCAAAUUCUCAAUGGAUAAACCACCAUUUUGGUUAUUGAAAAUGUAAUUUGCUCCGACAAUGGUCUUUAAAAUAUCAAAAUUGCAAAUACAUUCACGAGUGUUGCUUUUAUUAGUCAUUUUAAUCCUCAAAUUUUUUCUUAGGUAGUCAAUUGAGUCCAUUAAAGUUACUACUAAAAGAUAUGUUAGAGAUGUAUCCAAGAGCGUUUAGAUGAGAUGUCGCGAGUCUCUUGUAGCUUAAUCAAUGUCCUGGAUUCGAUGACUGACUUUGACUUGCAGCGGUGAUACCCAGUUUACACCCAACAAAAAAAUAAUGUUAGAGAUGUACCCAAGAGCGUUUAGAUGAAAUGUUGUGAGUCUCUUCUAGUUUAACCAGUAUCCUGGGUUCAACCUCUGACUUUGAGACCCAGUUUACCCCGGAAAAAAAAAGAUAUGUUAAAGAUGUAUUUGCCAUUUCAAUACAUUUGAUAGUAACUAAGACAUUGAGCUCGAGUGGUUAAUGAGCUCUCCCUAGAACGAAUGGUUUGGGAGAACCCGAGUUCGAGUACUGGUGGGAACAAUUAUUGGUCAGAUUUUAUUCUGCUGGGAACUAGAUAGUUAAUAUCGGGAAAAAAAAAAAAGACUAAUUUGAUUGUAAAUUACACUUUCAGGACCAAAAUAAAUGUUUGCCCAAUUCUCAAUCAAGUGAAGGGUAUUAUUCUGUUUAGAUAAACGAAAUGAAAGGAAAAAACCAAUUAAAGGACUCAAUCAAAUAUGAUUCCCCUUUUUGUGUUUAAUUUAUCUCUUCACUUUGUUUCUUUUUUUCCCCUUUUUGUACCUCAGUGUGUGGCUAUGGAAAGGAAAAGAGACUCAAUCCCUUCAGCUAGGGCAAGAAAAAGAGGCAAAAGAGGGAAAGAAAAAGCUAAUGAGGUAGUAAGUCAAGAAAUUGGCUCUUGUUUUUCUGAUUUUCCAUUUCCAAUCACCACCCACAUUUUACUUCAACUUCCUAUCAAAUCUGUUCUCAUUUGUAAGCGUGUUUGUAGAACUUGGAACACAUUGAUUUCAGACCCAUAUUUUGCCGAAUUGCACUUUAAGUUGUCACGAAUUGGUUACAUGAUUCGGACAUGUGAUCCAAAACUAGUCUCAAGAACCAUGUGCCUUCUUGAAAAUGAGCUUCAUGAAUUUGACAAUGAAUGGGAUCGUAUUUUGAAGCUUGAACCUACGUUCAAACUUCCUCUUCGUGAUGCCAAAUUAGUUUUAGACAAACGAGAUGAGGCUAAUGGCAUGCUUGUUUGCAAACCAAAAGAUCAUAGAUUUGUUGUCGCUAAUUCCUGCAAUGGCUUGCUUUGCUUGUGUGAUCCAAUCAACAAAGAUCCUUUAAUUGUUUGCAACCCAAUUACAAGUGAGUUUAUAAGACUUCCUAAGGUCACUAGGACGCCGGAGAAAAGUCAGAGACCAAUAUGUUCUGGUAUUGGCUUCCAACCUAAAACUAAUGAAUAUAAGGUGAUAAGAAUGUGGAACAAUUAUGAUAACUAUGUGUUUCAAGGUAUAGCUGUUGAAAUUCAUAAGGUAGGAACAUCAACAUGGAGGAAUGUUAGAGUUGAUCGUAGUAUUUUUACAUGGAGGCUUGAACAUCCCACUUUUUUGAAUGGAUCACUUCAUUGGAUACUUUUUGACAGUCGGAGAUGGUCAAUAUUGCGUUUCAACUUUGAAACUGAGAAGUUGAAACUCUUCCCUUCUCCUUCCUUCACACAUAAUGGACUUCCGCUGCCUCACAAAGAGGGUGUCAGCAUGGGAGCAUUGGAGGACUCUCUUUACAUAUGUUAUGUAAAUUUAAUUAGUUAUGUCGAAGUGUGGGUCAUGAAGAAAUAUGGUUCUAAAAAAUCAUGGACUAAGGUUUUUAGCAAUCAUUCUUUUGGUGCACCUCAUAGGGAUAUUAGUUUAUGUUGGCCAGUAAUACACUUUGAAAAGGUUACUGCCUUACUGGAGUAUCAUUCUGAUGUAGGGUUUACCUACUGUAAACCUGAAAAGAAUCGGUUAAAAAGAUUCCUAGUUUGCGGAACUAAAGCAAAACUACUUGAAGUAAUUCCUCAUAUUCCAAGUCUUAUCUCACUUAAAGAUGUUGUGAAAGGAGAUAAUAUUGAAGUGUUGAACUUGAAUGUCCACUCGCGGUGUGCAAAGUUUAAAUUGCCAGAAGAAAAUGAAGUUCUCUACUUGGCUCAAGAUUUUUGAAUUGGCUUAUACUUCUCUUAAUUUGAUGGUGUAGAAUAUGGUGAAGUAUACGAUCUAAGAAGUAAUUGUCAUACUGUAUCACAAUUUUUGGUUUUGCUAGCUCUAGCUGUUUGUGACUUUUGUAUGAACAAAACAAUAUUAUCUUAGGCUUCAAAUUAAUUAAUGGUUUCAUGGGAAUGAUAUAUUACAUUAUUUGUCUAGGUUUAGAAAAAGAGGAUGAUUGUUGCUUAGCCUUUUUAUUCUACUCCUCAUAAGUUGAAAUGUGAUCUGAUAAGGACUGCAUCAAUUUUUUUAGCUUACAAAUAUGAAUCAUUAUUAGUUUAUACUUUCCAAGGUAGUGCAACUCAAUUUAUCUUGCCACUUUCUUUAUCA